AUUUGUUUGAUAAGUAGCCAGGGCUCGGCCGUUUCUCUGCGCGGUUCUGACGUCAUCCGGAGACCAAAGUGGAGGUUGGGCGACCAGUGUGACUGUGAAUGACAGUUCCACCAAGCUCUGUGAAAGAACAAGGAAGUGAUAGCUACACCGCCCGAGUAGGACGACAAAACCAGACGGUUCUUUUGAAAUUUUCCGCGAUUUCAGCCACGGAGAAUACAGCUUCUGAGGGGAUAUUCCUGCAGCCUCUUGGCCAUGUCUCCUGGGCCUUGCAUUAAGUUCACAGAAUGGAGCUUUAGGUCUGCGUGUUGGUCAUCAUCAUCGCUGUGAAACCUGCCCGUCUGUUGACUGCCCAGUCAGUGCCUGUUAUCGGCAAAUUAUGGCCCCCGUGCCACCUGGCAUCCGCUUCCUGGCCUCCUUCAACAGAGACCAGUGGUACAGAGCCUUCACCUUUGGACUCACCUUCCUGCUGUACACCAGCUUCCACCUGUCCAGAAAACCCAUCAGCAUUGUCAAGAGUGAGCUGCAUAAGAACUGCUCAGCUCUCCAUGAGCUCUCCACAGCAGGUAGCAGGCAGCUGCCGAGCCUCCACACAGACUGCAGCUGGAAACCCUUUGAUAAAAGCAACUAUAAACAGCUGCUGGGAGCCAUGGAUUACUCCUUCCUCUGUGCCUACGCUGUGGGAAUGUACCUCAGUGGCAUCAUCGGCGAGCGCCUGCCUAUCCGUCUGUACCUGACGUUCGGCAUGCUGAUGAGUGGCCUCUUCACCUGUCUGUUUGGUCUGGGCCGCAUCUACAACAUCCACAACCUCAGCUUCUAUAUAUUUGUCCAGGUGGCCAAUGGCUUGGUUCAGACUACUGGCUGGCCCAGUGUGGUCACGUGCAUCAGCAACUGGUUUGGGAAGGGAAGGAGGGGUCUGAUCAUGGGCAUAUGGAACUCCCAUACCUCAGUGGGCAACAUCCUGGGCUCUUUGAUUGCAGGUUACUGGGUCUCCUCCAACUGGGGCCUGUCCUUCAUCGUUCCCGGCCUCGUCAUCGCUGCCAUGGGCGUCGUCUGCUUCCUCUUCCUCAUCGAACAUCCAAAUGAUUUGAGAAGCGUCCAUGAUGUACAGAACCCUGCUUCCAGCAACACUCUGACCAAUAGCUGGAAAGGAGUGAAUGGACAUAACCAGCUCUAUCAUUCGUACAAACAAGGAGGCAAAUCUCAGAACUGGGACACAGAGCUGCUGCUCCCUGUACAGCAGGUGGUGGUGGUGAAGAGCGAAUUGGAGCCCUCGGCCAUCAGCUUCAUGGGAGCGCUACGCAUACCGGGAGUGAUCGAGUUCUCUCUGUGUUUGCUGUUUGCCAAGCUGGUCAGCUACACUUUCCUCUUCUGGUUACCGCUCUACAUCACGAAAGCAGCUCACCUAGAUGCCAAGAAGGCCGGAGAGCUCUCCACUCUGUUUGACGUGGGAGGAAUUGUGGGAGGAAUCCUGGCUGGGGUCAUAUCUGAUAAGCUGGGAAAGAGGGCCACUACCUGUGCAGUGAUGCUGCUGCUAGCUGCUCCUACUCUUUAUGGCUUUUCUAUGAUCAGUGAGUUUGGACUGGGACCCACCAUCGGUAUGCUGCUGGUGUGUGGAGGGCUAGUGAAUGGACCAUAUGCCCUUAUUACAACAGCAGUGUCUGCUGAUCUGGGAACACACAAGAGCCUGAAGGGCAACUCCAGAGCCCUUUCUACUGUCACGGCCAUCAUCGACGGCACAGGAUCAGUAGGUGCAGCGAUAGGCCCCCUCCUGGCAGGAGUGUUGUCAUCACGGGGAUGGAACCAGGUCUUCUACAUGCUGAUGGCAGCUGACUUCCUAGCACUGAUGCUGUUGCUGCGGCUGGUGACUAAGGAGCUGACUUCUGCUAACGUGGUUAAACUUCGUUCUGGCAGCACCACAGUAGAGAUGAAGGAGCACUAAGCACUUUGCACUAACUCCAGACAGAGGAGUGAACAGACUGUCCCUCAGCACAGACACACACGCUGCAUCUUAUACCACUAACCUGUACCUCCGUCCAGUAACUGAACUGAGCUAGUGUGAAGCAGCACCUCCUUAGAACUGAAUGAAAGCCGAUUUGAAGAUUUGGUAACAGAAGAUAAUAAGCAACCAACCAAGCCAUCCAAAGUUCCUCUGAGCACGUACCACUAGAACUUUUGUUUUACUUGUUCUACAGCACACUGGGCCUUAAAAAAAUAUAUAUAUAUUUUACUGUCGGGUCUGCCUUAUGGAACCAAAGAUUGUGUGGAAAUGCAUAAUAAUUUAUGAAAUUAUGAUUAUAUUUUUUUUUUAAUUGGCAUCAUAUUAUUCUGUUUUGUGGUGUAUUUUCUCUGUAAAUGAAGUAUAUGCAGGUACUGCUAUGUUGUAUUUUUAUAUGAUCAUCAAAUGAUGUUUAUUAUGUUUGGUGACUUCAAUCCUAUGAAUGUAACAUUUGUGUUUGUAUGAAAUUCUACAUACCAACUCUAACUGAUGAGGAGGAUCAAUAAUUUCUCAAUAAGCUUUCUUUAGGCAGUGCAAUGUUGAAAACGAUAGUGAUGUUAUUGUUUGUAGAUGUAGAAAAUAUCAAAUGCCAUCAUCCCAGACCUUAAAUGCUCACAUAAAGUGAGUUCAUUUAUUCUGCCUCUAGAAUGUGAACAUUUUGAAUGUGUUCCUUUUGACUGACUGCUAACUCAAGUCCAGUAGAGUGUAAAAGCACAAAAUGCCAAAUGAGUGAAGAAAUGUAGGUGAUAAUCAUCUUUAAAAAAUUAUCUAUAUUCUUAACUUUCAUGAUGGCACAUGCAGAGGCUGUGGUCAAUUCCAAUUCACUUCCUGUAUUAAACUGAAUUGAAAUGGAAUAGACCCCAUCCAACAACAUGUCCAUUUUAUUUAUGUGGGGAUAGAGCACAUCUUGGUGGAAGAUAAAACGUUCAUCUAAGUGCUUCAGUGGUAGUACUUGAAAUACUGUGUGCCUUUUGUUGUUUGUCGGGCAGUUGCUUUGUUCAGUUACGUAUGUGGGAGCCUUACUUGAUUACUAUAGCUACAUGGUCUUGGUGACAAUUGUAGAUUUGUAAUGACCUCUUGGUAUAUAAAUAAAAAAAAGAUGGCA